CGUUCUGGUUCCCCUUGCAAACAAACAAACAAACCCCUCAUUUCACUCUCUCUCAUGAUCAACCAUGUUUACACACACUCACUCCAGGUAUGCAAAAAUACUAUUUCCUCAAUCUGUACUCCAUUUCUCCUAUUUCAAUCUGCUACAAAUCCCUCCCUAGGGCUUAUAAUUCCAUCAACAAUCAAUGUUUGAUCAUACAUAAAAAACCAGCAUUCAAAUUCAUCUUCUUCUGUUACCAACAUCUUCACCAAUGAGUUCCCGCUUUCCAUCUCAUCAGUUAAACAAUGGUUUAUACGUAUCAGGGCGGCCCGAGCCGCCAAAAGAAAAGGCACCGACAAUGUCCUCCACCGCAGUUCCGUACACAGGCGGUGACAUUAAAAAGUCCGGCGAACUAGGAAAAAUGUUCGAAGGGUCAAGAAAAUCCGGACAGCUAACCAGCGGUCCGUUAAGAACCGGGUCUAUGAGUGUUGGGAAUGCAACUCACUCGGGCCAAAUUUCGUCACAUUCCAUGAACCGAAUGAGUAAUCUAUCAGGAAAUGUUCCAGGAUCAGCUUCAAUGAAAAAGACCAGUUCUGGCCCAUUAAACAAACACGGAGAACCGAUACGAAAGGCGUCUGGGCCUCAAGGUCAAGGGUUGACUUCCGCUUCACGACAAAAUUCUGGACCUCUCCCUCCGGUUCUCCCUGCCACGGGUCUGUUAACAUCCGGGCCGAUUUUGUCGGGACCACUUAACUCAUCGGGUGGACCUAGAAAGUCGUCAGGUCCGUUGGACUCUUCAGGAUCGAUUAAAUCACGAACCACUUCAAUGGUUAAAAACCAAGCGGUUACUCAUUUGAGCCAAGAUGGUUCACAUUCGUUCUUCAGGAACUUCCCGAAGAUAGUUUUCUGGUCCAUGGUUUUGCUGUUUGUGAUGGGGUUUAUUUCUGCAAUAUUUAUACUUGCAGCCGUUGGUAAUCCCAUUCUUCUCAUUGUUGUUGUUGUUCUUUUUGGUAUUGUGAGCUUGGCUUUUGCUUGGAAUGUUUACCGGAGUCGAAGUGCUGUUAUCAAGUUUAUAUCUGAGUAUCCAGACGCCGAGCUUAGAACGGCAAAAGAUGGCCAGUUUGUCAAGGUUUCUGGGGUUGUUACGUGUGGCAAUGUACCAUUGGAGUCGUCAUUCCAAAGGGUUCCCAGAUGUGUUUACACAUCCACAAGUUUAUAUGAAUAUCGAGGCUGGGAUUCAAAAGCUGCGAAUCCCACACAUCAACGUUUCACGUGGGGUCUUCGUUCCAUGGAGAGGCAUGUUGUGGAUUUCUAUAUAUCUGAUUUCCAGUCGGGAUUGAGGGCGCUUGUUAAGACUGGUUAUGGGGCCCGUGUGACUCCAUACGUUGAGGAAUCGGCUGUUAUUGAUAUCAACCAGUCCAACAAAGAUAUGUCCCCACAGUUCUUAAGGUGGCUGGCUGACAGAAACCUAUCUAGUGAUGAUCGUAUGAUGCGACUCAAAGAAGGGUACAUUAAAGAGGGAAGCAGUGUGAGUGUGAUGGGAGUUGUUCAAAGAAAUGAUAAUGUGUUGAUGAUUGUUCCUCCUCCCGAGCCGGUUCCAACUGGAUGCCAAUGGGCUACAUGUAUGCUUCCCGCAAGCUUAGAUGGCAUUGUUUUGAGAUGCGACGACUCGUCAAAUCCUGAUGUCAUUCCCGUGUAGUGUUUUGCUGCUUGGUAAGUCAAAGUUUGACCAAAAUAUGAUAGGUGUAUAGUUUGGUUUUGUUUUGUUUUGUUACAUCCCAUGAUCUUGUUUGGGAGUGUUUGUGUGAUUAUGGAGUCGUUUUUUUGUUGUUGGAAACUUGAUACUUAUAAAGGAGGUCACAUUUUUCCUUGUUUUUUUAUUUUUUAUUUUUUCCUGAGAAUGUUUAAAGAAUUUGAGAUUUUUAUGGUAUUAUAUGUUUCACUGUUUG